AUGAAUAUCGCAUACAAUUCCGCCUUGCGGCAAAGCAAGUCUCUAGCUGCCGAACUCCAAAACCUCAAUACCAAAUCCCAAGCAUCACCUUCCGAGAUCGGCAACGUGUCUGCCUCCAUCGCCUCCUUUACCAAGACCCUCGACGAAUACCAAAGUCUCGCUCGCCAGGAGAUCGUCCCCAAGAAGCAGGAAGAGGCUUUUGCGCGAGUCAAGAGGUUUCGCGAAAACCUCUCCGAUUACCGAGGCCAAAUCGAUUCCCUCAAGAAGGCCCGUGAGGAUGCUCAGCACCAGUCGAACCGCACAGAACUUCUGGGGAGAAGACCGUAUAAUGCUACACCGGAGAAUCCUUAUGCAAAUGCCACGACGACCAACACGCACUCCACCUUCCAGCCUCGACACCCAACCCAGUCCAACGGACCUUUGACGACGGGCUCACCGGACGAGAUGCGCGAAUCACAUGCUUUUAGGGAACAAAACUUCUUCUCAAACACGAAUCAGGCUCUCGACGAUUACAUUGCGCGCGGACAGGCUGUGCUGGGUGAUCUUGGCCAGCAGCGAGAGAUGCUCAAGAGUACACAGAAGCGACUUUACAGCGUUGCCAACACAUUGGGUGUAAGCGGCGAUACAAUUCGUAUGGUGGAGCGACGGGCGAAAGAGGACAAAUGGAUCUUUGCUGCGGGCGUGGUGAUAUUCUUUCUGUUCUGCUGGCUGGUGCUUCAUUUCUUACGAUAG